GUAUUCAUCAUUUAGUAUUUCUCAGUCUCUAGUCACCUUUGUUGUAGAGCUGUUGUGUAGUUGUCAGUGCUCAUUUUUGUUUAAUCAUGGAGAGAAAACAAGCAGUGCGACGAUAUAGUAGGAAUUAGGGAAUGGAAGAGAGCACUGGCAACCCUUUAGGUCGUAUAUCAAUGGGACAAAAAUAGCAAAUCUGAGGGGACGAGUUUUAUUUUACUGAGUUAAGUGCAAACAUAAUUAACCUCUGAUAUAUAAUCAGAAAUCAGAAUGUAUUUGGGGAUCAUUAGUCAUGAGGAUGAGGCAUUGUCACUCAGGAACCUCACAUAGAGGUGUUUAUCAUAUUUCACACAAAUAACACACAAGUAACAAAAGUUCACAGCAUAAAAUAUUUUCUCCUGUUAACUGCAUUUCCAGAUACAAGUGAACAUGGCACACAAUGAAUUCAAAGAGGAGCGAACCAAAGAACUGGUGGAGGAGAUCACAGAGGAACAAUUUCUCAAAGAUCUCUACCUUUUUAUGAAGAAGAGAGAUACACCAAUAGAAAGGAUCCCACAUCUUGGCUUCAAACAAAUUGAUUUAUUUGUCAUGUUCAAAACUGUCAAUGACUUGGGUGGCUACCACCAGGUGACUGCUCAGCAAUUGUGGAAACAGGUUUACAAUACACUUGGUGGAAACCCUCGAAGUACAAGCGCAGCCACCUGCACCCGCAGACACUAUGAGAAGCUGCUGCUGCCCUAUGAAUGCCACGUGAAAGGCAUUUCCAUCAGGUCCAUGCUGCCUCAUCAUCAGCCAAAGCCAUUCCACUUUGUUGCCGGCUACAGUAAAGAAGAAGAUGACGGUGUCCAGAGACCAGCGAAACGCAGGCUGGUAUCCGUACCACAGAACCCUCAUAACCUCCAGACAGACCAACACGGAAAUCUCUUCCCUCUGUCUGUCCACUACCCUCCCUACUAUCAGCCAAGCCCCACAGUUCUGCCUCCCUACAUCCCUAUGCCCCCCUCAAUAUUGGCCACACAACACCCCCCUGCUCCCAAGCCCCAAUUCCCUUACAGUCAACCUUGUGUAAACUCAACAGAGAGGGUGAAGGAACCAUUAGAGCACCUGCGUUACCUGGCUGAGCGGUACAAGACCUCAUCCGGACUGGCUGAGCCCCUGAACCUCAGCGUUAAAUCAUCAGCCCGGGACAUCAGCAACAACCCUGUUUCAUCAUUUGCUCCACCUUCAGCCAGCAAGAACCCAAAGUUUUUGAACAAACCAUCCACACUAUACGCCCAUCAUCAUACUGGGGCCCUGACAAAUGAAGGCUCUGAGACACAAGAUGGCGAGUCAAGUGAUGGAGUUGCACCCUCUCCUUAUACCAUGAAAGCACAGGAGGAACAAGUUAUUGAUGUCGAUGUUACAGCACCCUCAAGCAGCCCCGUAUAUGACUCUGCUCUGCCACUGGGAACAGAGGCUGCUGCAGUGGCACAAAAACCCUGUUUUCCAAACACAGACCUUGCAGUCACGCCAAAAGAAGAGACAAAAGUUAUUCCAGAAGUGAUGGGGCUCAAUCUUAGCCAAAUACUGUCCAGUCUCCCUCAAAAGAAGGAUGGCAAAAUGGAAAUUGAGUUACCCCUGUCAGUGUUUCACAAAUUGCUCAAGAUGUGCAAGUCCUCAGCAAUGAUGCAUGAAAGUAAGGUUCCUCAGCCUACUCAGGAAGGACACCCUGCAGAAAGAAAUUGGCCCAACGCAAACACUUUCCCUACAAACCUGACAUUUCACACGAAUCCCCAACGCCAGAGUUCUGCUGAAGAUCUAACAUUCAGAAAUGUGCCAAACCUCAGUCACAACAAUAAAAGCCAAAACCAAUUCAUGAGCUACAAGCCUUUGCCUUCAGGCGCCAUUUUAAAAAAUACAGUAAGCCAGGAUGUCUUGUCAGUUGAUCAGCAGGAUAUUAAUAAGUCAUACAACUCCAAGUCACCCAAUUUCUGGGGUGCCCAUAAGAGAGAGACCCAGUCAUCCCCCAUUGAAGUGGAAAGCAGCCCUAGUCCCCCCAGGACUCAGCAAGACUUUGCUUAUAAAUUCUACGCAGACGUCCAGGGAGGGAAGCAGCAGACGGAGACGGAGCCCUCAGCUAUGCUCAUGGUCAAUUCCAGCUCUGCUCCUCUCUUUCAGCUCACCACUGAAGAAGUCAUGAAGCUGAAAAAAAUCAUCUCAAGCUCAUUGUAGAGACCAGUUAAGACAAUACCACAAACACACCAACACCAUGUUAAAGCUGGCUCAUGCUCAUGUGCAUAUUGUAUCAUAUUACAGCUCUAUAUUUUGCAUAUACAUCGGGUUCAUUUCCAAUCAAUUUGUAUCAGCUGAACACAAAAAAGGAAUACAAGCAUUCAUUCAAAUCUGCUUGAUUUAAAGAUAAUCUGCGCUAUUUUUGUGUGUUUUGCACUGAAAUAUUGAUUGCAUUUAACACUUCAGUCUCAUUGUUGUGCAAUCUUGUUUAAAGCACAUGAAGUAGAUUUUUCCUAUUUGUUAAUAGUGUUUGUUUGUUUUUUACACCAGUUAUAUUGUGAAAUGAAUCUGUUGAAACAAUAAAUUCUUUUUGUAAACCUUUCCCAUCUGGAGACAGUUUUAUUUUUGAAAGAUGUGUAAGCCAUAACUGCAAUGCUCUACACAUUUACAUGUAGUGAACACUAUUUUAUCCUUCCAUUUUGUGAAUCAUUUCUCUUAAUCCUCUUUUUUCACUUGUUUUUAAAGCAUGACGCUAUAUCUGAACUUUCCUAUUCAAAUGUUAGAUUUACUUGUUCCUU